GUUUCCAAAGGCUUAAACCUUCCAACAUCACUAAGCUUGACAAGGCCUGAGUUAACUCUGAGCCAUGGAACCAAUGCUGCAGUCCUUAUACGACUAUGGGAGACCAGAUUUCAAGCCUUGAGCUUCUGUUUGAGUCAACAGAGGGCAAUUCACACCUUAUGAGCAACAAGGAUAGAUUUCGAAUUCAACCGGCCAAGCUGCUGGAUUGUAAGAAAUGGUUGUCCUGUGAGAUACGAGACGGAUAAUGUUUUUGUGGCUCGUAUUAUCUUAGCAACUAGGGGGCAAAAUGGCUAUAAAAGUUAUGUAUGAAAAACACAUAGCCCUUUCUCCCUAGAGCCACAAAAACAUUAUCCUGUCUCGUAUCUCAAUUCUCAUUCAUGGCACACUCACUUUCUUAUACUUCAAUAUUUCCAUGCUCUCACAACAACCAUUUCUUACAACCUGGCAACUCAACCAGUCGAAUAAGGUGUGAAUCGCCCUCGGCUAACUCAAACAAAAGCUCGAGGCUAGAAAUCGGGUCUCCCAUAAUUGUGGUUGAAGCACCAAAGAUGAUAAAGACAGCAGCAUCGGUUCCAUGUCUCAGAGCUAACUCCGGCCUCGUCAAGCCCGGUGAUGUUGGAAGAAUUGUUUCCAGAAAACCCAAAGAUGUGUGGGCUGUUCGUUUAGCUAUUGGCACUUAUCUCUUAGAUGGCAAGUACUUCAAAGCUUUGGAAUUUGAUGAAUGAUUUAUAUAUAUAGUUUUGAACAUCAUAUGCAGAAAAUUUAUUUCUUUAUAAUCUAAAUGGAUCACAUGCAGAAAAAUCUAACAGAAUUAAACACA